AUGGAUGUCGACGCUGAGCUGAAAGCCUUCUCUUUCACACAAAAGGCCCACCGCGAUGUCUAUCUUGCCAUUGAUCCCCGUCGUCCUGAGCUUUCCCAAGCUGGAAAGGUCAUUAUCGUCACCGGUGCUUCCCGUGGAAUCGGCAAGCUAGGCUUCGCGGCUUCAUUCGCUCACGCAAAUGCUUCUGCCAUCGUGCUGAUUGGGCGAUCAGUUGAUGACUUGGCCGAGACAGAGAAGCUUGUCAACAGGAUCAAUGCCAAAACGAAAGUUCUGUCAAUCCCUCUCGAUAUCACCGAUGCGACUGGUGUGACCAAAGCGUUUGAAGACAUUGUUGCCCGAUUUGGAGCUCCCCAUGUCCUCAUAAACAAUGCUGGCUACAUCAACCCUCUUGAUACCAUCAUUGAUGUCGACAUUGGUUCAUGGUGGAGAACCCAGGAAGUCAACGUUAAGGGAACCUUCCUCAUGUCUCAAGCUUUCCUGAAAACCAUUCGAGACACCCCCUCGACCUCUAGAACUAUCGUCAAUGUAGCCUCGAUGGCUGCACAGGGAUUCCCACCUGGCAUGAGCUCCUACUCUCCUUCCAAGAUAGCAUUGUGCAAGUUCACAGCAUAUCUCACUCAGGAAAAUCCCGAGAUUACUGCUGUGAGUCUGGAUCCAGGUCUUGUGCCGACGGAUAUGGGACAUGGUGUGCCAUACCUUGCCGGAUACUUACAUGAUACUCCGGAACUGUCUGGAGGCGUUGCGGUGUGGCUGGCUACGGGUGACAAGAAGUUCUUAACCGGCCGAUACGUUGCGGCAAACUGGAAUGUAGAGGAGCUGGAGAGCAGAAAGGAGGAAAUAAAGGAUGGCGAUCUCCUGAUAUUCGGGUUGAGGGGGAAGUUUGGUCUCCCUGGUGUCGUUGUCGAAGGACGGAAACAGAGAUCACAUUAUCUGCAGAGCCCCAAAGGGAAAUAA